ACUCGUCUUAUUCGAUUUUGGUGAGAUGCAACAACCCCUUCCUUCGAAACAAGACCCCUUCUAUGUGGUCCGUGAUCAAGUGAAAGAAAGCCUUGUUUCUAUUCGUGAAAUUUUUCAACAGUGGAAACGUUUAAUAUUCACUACCAACACUGCUACAAAUGAAGAGUUUGACUUGCUUCAUAACCAGUUACAGAACUCGCUUCGAAGUGUGUAUUUAGAUUUACAAGAGUUGCAAAAGACGGUCCAUGUUGUUGAACGAAAUCCUGUCAAGUUCCAUUUGUCAGAACUCGAGAUUGACUCCAGAAAGCGUUUUGUGUCGGAUACUAUGAAGGAACUGGAAACUAUCAAGUCUACUUUACAGAGUCCACGCACACUGCAAAAGUUGGAGGAGGAUAGGAAGAAAUCAUCUAGUGGAGGUUCACUUUUAGUGAAGAAAAAUUUAGUUUACGAAGACGAGAGAAAGUCAAGAGCAGCCAGAAACAUGGAACGUUUGAAUGACCAGUAUAUUCAAGAUGAGGCUUUAAGACAGGAAAACCUUAUUGAACAACAAGAUAGUAGUUUGGAUGAGUUGGCCAGCGCAGUGAUAAGGAUCGGCAACAUGGGAAAGGAGAUUCACGAGGAACUGAACGAACAUAACCGAAUGUUGGAAGAAGUGGGAGGACGUUUUGAUUCCACUCAAGGAAGGUUGCAGCUUCUACAAGGGAGAAUAUCACGAUUGGUUCGAGAAACCGGAAGAGGACAAUUUUGUUUGAUUAUUGGACUUUUCUUUUUAUUUAUUAUCCUUACUAUGCUAGUGAUUGGUCUGUAAAGUUGAUAAAUACAAGUAGAUUAAA